AUGGCAGCGAGAGAGAGCGAGCGCAAAAGCGAUGCGGUUCCAGUUGUCGGCCUCCCUCUCUCACACAUCUCACUCUCUCCGCCCCUUCUUCACGCCCUUUUCCUCCAAUCCACCACUGGUCUCUCGCCUCUCCGCCCCAGCCCUCCGCAAAUUCCACUUCUACCCUUCCAAUAUCCGGAAACCGCAUCCGAAACCCUACGCCGCUCGCGCGUCCAUGGACUUCCCGCCGGUGACCGCCGAUUCGUCGGUUGACGCCGUCGCCGACGACUUGAAGAAGCGGGACUUGCUCCAGGACAGGGUUAGGGUGAAGCUCGAAGAACUCAAUUGGGACCAUUCCUUCGUCCGAGAGUUGCCUGGGGAUCCCAAAACUCAUAACGUUCCACGAGAGGUCUUGCAUGCCUGCUAUACAAAGAUUUUGCCAUCUGCUGAGGUGAAUAAUCCUCAGCUUGUUGCAUGGUCGGAAUCAAUGGCUGACUUGCUUGACUUGGAUCCUAAGGAGUUUGAAAGACCUGAUUUCCCACUUAUAUUCUCUGGUGCAUCCCCUUUAGUGGGCAUAAUGCCAUAUGCUCAGUGCUAUGGAGGACACCAGUUUGGCAUGUGGGCUGGUCAACUGGGUGAUGGUCGGGCAAUUACUCUUGGAGAGGUUUUGAACUCAAAAUCGCAAAGAUGGGAACUGCAGCUUAAGGGUGCAGGGAAGACACCAUAUAGUCGGUUUGCUGAUGGCCUUGCAGUUCUACGAAGUAGCAUACGUGAAUUCCUAUGUAGUGAAGCAAUGCACGGUCUUGGCAUUCCUACUACACGUGCCCUUUGUCUUGUGACCACUGGAAAUUAUGUUACUCGGGACAUGUUCUAUGAUGGGAACCCAAAGGACGAACCUGGUGCAAUUGUUUGCAGAGUUGCUCAGUCUUUUCUGCGUUUUGGUUCAUACCAGAUACAUGCAGCCAGAGGGAAGGAGGACCUUGACAUUGUUCGUACUUUGGCAGAUUACACCAUCAAGCACCACUUUCCUCAUCUUCAGAACAUGAAUAGAAGCGAGACUUUGUCUUUUAGCACAGGAGAGGAUGGCAAUUCAGUUGUGGAUUUGACUUCAAACAAAUAUGCAGCUUGGGCUGUGGAAGUUGCUGAGCGCACUGCUUCAUUGGUUGCUAGCUGGCAGGGUGUUGGUUUCACCCAUGGUGUGCUGAACACUGAUAAUAUGAGCGUGUUAGGCCUCACUAUUGAUUAUGGUCCGUUUGGUUUCUUGGAUGCUUUUGAUCCCAGUUACACUCCAAAUACCACUGAUCUUCCGGGGAGAAGGUACUGUUUUGCCAAUCAGCCUGAUAUUGGCUUAUGGAAUAUUGCUCAGUUUGCCUCCACUUUGUCUUCUGCUCAGUUGAUAAAUGAUAAGGAGGCAAAUUAUGUCAUGGAAAGAUAUGGAACCAAGUUUAUGGAUGAGUAUCAGGCAUUAAUGACCAGAAAACUUGGCUUGCCGAAGUACAAUAAACAGUUGAUUAGUAAACUUCUCAACAACAUGGCUGUAGACAAAGUUGACUAUACGAAUUUCUUUCGAUUGCUUUCCAGUAUAAAAGCUGAUCCUAGCAUUCCAGAAAAGGAAUUGCUAGUUCCAUUAAAGGCUGUUCUUUUGGAUAUUGGAAGGGAGCGCAAGGAGGCAUGGACCAGCUGGGUACAAUCAUAUGUACAAGAGCUUCAUGCUAGUGGUAUCUCAGACAAGGAUAGAAAGGCAUCAAUGGAUUCAGUGAACCCCAAAUACAUACUCAGGAACUAUUUAUGCCAAAGUGCAAUAGAUACAGCUGAACAAGGUGAUUUUAAAGAGGUUCGAAGGCUGCUGAAAGUUAUGGAGCGGCCAUAUGAUGAGCAACCGGGAAUGGAGGAGUAUGCCCGCUUGCCUCCGGCAUGGGCUUAUCGUCCAGGUGUAUGCAUGCUAUCCUGUUCUUCUUGAGUUGUUGGGCUGCUUACUACCAUACAAAUAGCAUACGGGAAUGUAGUUGGUUGUAUAUAGUACUGGAAAUAGUUUUUUGGCUUUCAUAUAAAGUGCUCCAUUUUGUAUCCUUUUCUUUUCAGUUUUCAUUUUUGUCAUAAUCUUAAUCGUUUGAUUAUACAUGAUAUUCUGUUUUGAUUUUUUUUAGCAA